AUUAAUUCCAAAAUAAAGUCAUAUAAUUUCCACUAACAAACAUGUCGGUGACAAACGAAGUAACUAAAGAAGAAGAAGAAAUUGGAAUGGAACUGGCCGGAGCCGAUGAAGAACUGCGUGAAAAGCUAGCACAAUACACACUCGAAGGCAAUUGGGUUGAAGUAAAGAAGAUGUACCGCUCAAUCCCAAAGUCCCGCACCAUAACGGUUAACAAUUCUGAGGACACGGCGUUGCACGUGGCGGUGGAUUUGGACGAAGAAAAUGUUGUUAAAGAUCUUGUGAGUAUAAUCGUAGAGCAUGAGAAGAGUGCUCUGAAGAUAGGGAACAAGCACGGCGAUACACCUCUCCAUGUGGCGGCGUCCAGGGGGUUUGCGAGACUGUGCAAGUGCAUCAUAGGGGAGAAUGAGGAGAGGAUAGAGUUGAGGACACUGAAGAACAACAAUGGGGAGACACCAUUGUUUCUUGCUGCUUUGAAUGGGAACAAAAAAGCAUUCGCCUACCUCUCUCAAACUUUUCAUGAUCGUCACCAAAUUAUUUUGCCUCAUCUUGUGCGCGAUCAUGAUCAGGAUAGUAUUCUUCAUUGUGUUAUCGGGAGGGAAUAUUUCGAUUUAGCAGUGAUAAUAGCGGAUAAUUUUCCUAUGCUUACUACACUUCGAAAUAAGGAUGGAUUCACCCCUCUCAAAGUUCUUGCUACUAGGCCCUCGGCUUUCCCAAGUGGAAUCAAAUUUUCAUGGUGGAAGCGGAUCCUCUAUCACUGUAUUCUCAUAGAGCCACUGAAUGCUGAGCAUAGACUGAAGAAGAUUCGAGAAAAGAUGGAGGCUAAAUCCGAAGAAAAGUUCCCAAAGAAUUACGCCACAUUAUGGGACUUCAUUAGGAUAUGUUGGUGGGAAAAAGAUCAGGAAGCAGACAUAGAGAAAUCCAUUAAGAAUGAUGAUGACAGUCCAUUUUACCCACCAAAUUACGAAACGGUUCUCCAAAUUAUCAGUUCUAUAUACGUGCUCGUUUUUGGUCUCCACGGUGUCGCGGUAAAGGAAAUAAGAAAGACAAAGAAAAAACACAAAUGGAGUGGUCAAUUAUUGGACGCACUGAUGGAACGCCCUUACGAAGCAUUCGCAGGAAAGGCGGGAGAGCGACCCGAUCCUCGCGGAUGGGAUAUCCAACCUGAAGUCUAUGAUAUCGGAAGACGCCACGGGAAACAACAAGGUACUGACGAUGAAGAGACACCAUUUUUAUUGGCUGCGAGGAAUGGCAUAGUUGAAAUGGUGGUCAAGAUUCGACGUCUGAUACCAAGUGUCAUCCACAACACCAACUCAAAGAAGGAAAACGUGGUGCUGGUGGCAGUGAAACACAGACAACCGCAUGUUGUUGAGGCACUUAAAACAGAACUAAAAGAUGAAGUUUGGAAUACGUUGAUUCAGGCAGUGGAUGACGAUGACAACACACUUUUGCACUUAGCAGCACAAAAACAAGUAGGGAGCAAGCCUUGGAAUGUUGCUGGCACUGCCUUAGAAAUGAUGUGGGAUAUAAAGUGGUAUCAAUAUAUUAAGAGUCUUGUACCGCAACGUGUCUACUUUAGAAGCAACAAGGAGUCAAAGACAGCAGGGGAGAUCUUUCAGACAUCACACGAGAGUCUUGUGGAAAACGGCAGUGUGUGGUUGAAGGAAACAUCGCAAGCAUGCUCUGUGGUGGCGGCACUUGUUGCGGGUGUCUCCUUCGCCACAGCUAGCCAAUUCCCUGGUGGCACCAACGGUAAAGGCGAGCAGCAACUAGAAGGCGAAGCAGCGUUCCAUGCAUUCGCCAUGGCUUCCCUCGUCGGUCUUUGCUUCUCUGUGACAGGACUCAUAAUGUUCCUGUGCAUCCUCACAUCUCGAAAAGAAGCCAAAGAUUUUCGCAGGGCAUUGCCGCUGAAACUGCUUCUAGGGUUGAGUUCCCUCUUCGUCUCUAUUGUAGCCAUGGUUGUAUCUUUUUGCUCUGGCAAUUUCUUCAUCUUCAGUCGCAAGUAUGAGAGUUUCCUCAUCUCCUUCUAUGCAGCUACUUCCGUACCUUUCGCUCUCUAUGCCUUGGCACAGUUUCCGCUAUACUUUGAUCUUCUAAUUACGAUUAUCACUAGGGUGCCUUGGCCAAGUAAUAAAGCUGACAAUUUCUAAAGUUGUCAUAAUGUUCCAUUAUUCUUCUAUGUCAAUUUGGGCUUCCAUUCCUUGUGUAUGGGAGAAUGAAAAUUUUAAUCUUUAAAUUAACAAUGUUUCCGAGAUACUUUCAAU